AUGGCUCCCCUGUCAAGAAGCAAUUCAUGUGUCGAUAUUGACUUUACCCUGCGUCGACAGUUCAAAAAACAAAGCUUCAGACCACAGCAGAGGGAAAUCAUAACGGCGGCACUCGACGGCAACGAUGUCUUUGUGCAAGCCGCCACCUCCUUUGGCAAGAGCCUAUGCUUUCAGCUUCCAGCAUGCAUCGACCAAGGCAUCACCAUCGUCGUGUCGCCCCUGCUGAGUUUGAUGAUGAACCAAGUGGAACAGCUGCAAGCCGCAGGCAUCAAGGCCAGCUCGUACAACAGUAACACCAGGCCCGAGGAGAAGGACCGUAUCAAUAGAGAUCUCGCCAGCGGACACCCUCGGACCAGGCUACUCUAUGUCACGCCCGAGCUAUGCUCGUCAGAGUCCUUCCGCAACCGCCUCAAGUUGGUGCACCAGCAGUGCGAGCUAGCGCGGGUCGCUAUUGAUGAGGCGCAUUGCAUCUCUGAAUGGGGUCACGACUUUCGCAAAGACUUCAAGCGGCUCUCGUGGUUUCGAGAAACGUUCCCCACGGUCCCGAUCACGUGUCUCACUGCGACUGCUAACCCACUAGUUCGCGAUGACAUUCUGAUGACGCUCGGUCUGAGUGCGACCCCUGAGAGGCUCAAAAGUUUCGUCAUGUCGGCGCACCGUCCGAACCUGCAUCUCGAGAUCAGCCGCGAGGAUCUCCAGCGGGUGCAGAACAUGGUCAGCAAGGGUAGCCGGGACGGGUCGAACAGCGAUGCACAGCUGAGAAGCCUACAGCGUCUGGCGCUCUACUGCGAGAACACAAGCUUGUGUCGUCACGCAGAGAUCUGCAGCUACUUUGGUGAGACAGCGAUACCGUCAUGCGACUAUGCAUGCGAUUGGCAUAAGGACGCGCAGGAUCUCAAGAGGCGGUUGGCGAGAGGGCUCGCGAGCGAAGAGUGGGUGAGCACGCAGGCGCAACAUGGCGAGUAUGAUGGUGAUCCAUAUUAUGACGACUAA